AUGACGAGCAACGAAGCAGAAAAAACAAUCGGAUCUGUUUCAGCUAAUACAGCAGAUGCACCAUUACAAUCAAUCAUUGAAACCCCGUUAACUGACUCUCUUGUCAAUGAAAUCUUUCAUCAUCAAAAUAACGAUGGUUCGUUUUCCGCGACGGAAAAUUUCGGUAAACUUUUUAACGUAGAUUUUGAACAAAUUAAAAAGGAUUUAAAUGACAAAGGCUUGAAUUCAUCUGCUUCCGAUGAAAUUCUGCGCCUCAUAGCAACAGCUUCCAUUCUGUUUUACUUUUUAUACCAUAGUCAAAAAACCAAGUUUCCUGUUGAUAUUGAUGCUAUUAAACAGUUUGUGUCAAAAGCACGCUCCGAAUUGGAAGGGUUUUCGAUGAAAGAUGAUCCAAUUAUGCAAACCUAUAUCGACAAAGGUGAACUUGCCGUGAAAUUUGUUAUUGAUACACGUGACAAAUACGGAAAUAUUUGUAAGGAUUUAAAUUUAGCUCAACCGACUUGGGAAUCAUACAUUCAACAUUUAAUGGCAUUGGACAAACAAGAUCAAAAUAAAUUGAAAAACUAUCUUCAUUCGAUGAUUGACGUGAAAUAA